AUGCGGCCCGCCGAGCUCCUCACCUCCGUCCUCCUUUUCUCCGCCGUCUCGUCGGCGUGGCCUUCAGGAUGGGAGCCGCUCGAGGCCUUGAAGCAAGAGGUCGCACCGAUCCUGAAGAGACAAGACGACAAGACUUCUUUCGAUCUCUCAUACAGCAGCAGGCAGGGCAACACGGCCACAACAGAGAGCUCGGCAGAGGAAACUUCCACCGGCGACAACAACGACUCCUCAACCACCGAUAGCAACGACUCCACGGCCACCAGUGACUCGGAUAGUAAAACCACCGACUCGGGGAGCAAGACGGGCUCUGCAACAGGAUCAGAGAAGACCACUGGCACUGCAAAAGAGACGGGCUCCAGCAAGGGCAGCGGUACCAAAUCGGGCACGCAAACCACAAAGACUUUCGACGCACGGCUGCCCGCCGGUGGCGUCUCUAUGAUCACGCCCAAUGCGAUGACAUCGUCUUACUUCAAGAUCAACAACUUCAUCACCUUCGCCUGGAACUACACUUCCCUCUCCGUUACUCCCUCGGCGGUCGACAUUCUGGCUUCAUGCAGCCUCAAUCAAGAGACGUACACUAUUGCACUCAACCAGACCAUCGACGGGCCAAAGCAAACGGUCAUUUGGGAUACUGGUGCAUACCAAGCCAGCGCUACUGUCCCUCUGCUUACCGAAACUUAUACUCUCAUCAUCCACGAUGCGGCCAAGGAUGUGAGCGCCACAGCAAUGGCCGGAUAUCUCGGCACAUACAACCAGUUCACCUUCGGCAUGUACUCGCCUCAGCCUUACACGCCAAUGGCCGAGUGGGUCUGCGCGACAUGUAAUUCGGCUCUCACCGCAGCCGAGAGGCAGACUCUGUUCGCCAUAUUCGCCAUGGCGGGUGUGACCGUCCUCAGUUUUGGCUGGUUCACUGGCGUUGCGGGUCUGUGGUGA